CGCGCCAUGGCGCACGGAGCGGCGCGAUCUUCGGCUCCGCCGUGAGUCCUGCCGGCAGCUGGGGAUGCCCAGAUGCCUGGACUACAAGCCUGCACUGUUCUGGGAGGAAGAUGACUUGAGCAGCCCUCUUUUAUCUCCACAACAAUGUCCAUGAACAAUUCCAAACAGCCAGUGUCUCCUACAGCAGAGCUCCUUUCAAAUACAACUUGCCAGACAGAAAAUCGGCUUUCAGUCUUUUUUUCUAUAAUCUUCAUGACGGUGGGAAUCGUAUCAAACAGCCUUGCCAUUGCUAUACUCAUGAAGGCAUACCAGAGAUUUCGACAGAAGUCCAAGGCGUCGUUUCUGCUCUUGGCUAGUGGCCUGGUGAUCACAGACUUCUUUGGCCACCUCAUCAAUGGAACAAUAGCAGUAUUUGUAUAUGCUUCUGAUAAAGACUGGAUCCGCUUUGACCAGUCAAACAUUCUUUGCAGUAUUUUUGGUAUCUCCAUGGUAUUUUCUGGUCUGUGCCCACUUUUUCUAGGCAGUGUGAUGGCCAUUGAGCGAUGUAUUGGAGUCACCAAACCAAUAUUUCAUUCUAUAAAAAUUACAUCCAAGCAUGUGAAAGUGAUGCUGGGCGGGGUGUGCUUGUUUGCUGUUUUCAUAGCUUUGCUACCCAUCCUUGGGCACCGAGACUACACAAUUCAAGCAUCAAGGACCUGGUGUUUCUACAAAACAGAUCAUAUCCAAGACUGGGAAGAUAGAUUUUAUCUUCUCCUUUUCUCUUUGCUGGGGCUCUUAGCCCUCAGUGUUUCAUUCUUGUGCAAUGCCAUCACAGGAGUUACACUUUUAAGAGUGAAAUUUAAAAGUCAUCAGCACAGACAAGGCAGGUCUCAUCAUCUCGAAAUGAUCAUCCAGCUCCUGGCUAUCAUGUGUGUCUCCUGCAUUUGCUGGAGUCCGUUUCUGCUGACAAUGGCCAACAUCGGAGUAAAUGGGAGUCAUUCCACGGAGACCUGUGAAACAAUACUUUUUGCUCUUCGAAUGGCAACAUGGAAUCAAAUCUUAGAUCCCUGGGUGUAUAUUCUUCUACGCAAGGCUGUCCUUAAGAAUAUCUACAAGUUUGCCAGACGCUGUUGUGGAGUGCAUGUCAUAAGCUUACCUGUUUGGGAGCUUAGCUCCCUUAAAAAUACCUUAAAGGUUGCUGCGAUUUCUGAGUCACCUGUUGCGGAGAAAAUAAAUCAGCAAUCACCGAGUUUAACAGGACAGCACGUCAGUGUGGGUCCAGGACAAAAUUAAGAAAAGUUUUGGCAAUGUUUUAGUUAAUUGGAUAAAUAUUUAAAGCCUAACUGGAAAAUUCAGGCCUCAGCAAGUAGUUUGGGGUGCACCUUGUUCAGAGUCAGCUUUUGAAAUUUGUAAAAUUCACUGUUUAAUUGCACAUUUAACUUUGUUUUGUCAGCUGCAGGUAAACAUGAUGAAAGAAUGCCAUGGGAGUCAAAUUGAAAAUAAUUUUGGGCUUAUCUGUGUUCUUUUCUGGUUUUGGAAUGAGUGACUUUGUUGAGUCCUAAAGCAUUUUACUUGGCCUAUUUGCCAAAAAACAUCUUAAAACUACCUGCAUCUUAGAAUGGCUAUUUGGAGGUCACUGUUCUGUAGCUGUUCUUUAUAGACUAGCUCAAUGAAAUGGAGCACUCUCAUUUUUUGAUCUGGUCUGUUUUACCCCUCAUCAUGUAACCUCAGUCAAUAUAUGUAUGGUCAUGUCAUGUGGGAUUCACUGUUGUUUAUAGUGACUUGCAUAUACUCCAGGUGUGGCUGUCAGGUUGCCUGGUCUUGAGAGCCUGUUUAGAAUGAGCCCAUCUUUGUCAUAUUUGACAAAAAGGAUUGCUUGCAUUGAUUAUUAUGAAGGUCAGUUGUUGUUUGAAGGUUUUCUUGGUAAGUUAUACCUUUGCAUAGUUUUAAAAUAAUCCCCUUUCCUCUGAAAAUUCUAGUGCACUGAAAUAAUUUUUAGAGAAACAAAGGCUCUAUUUUAGCACAUAUGGAGGUAAUUUGCAUGAUAGCAGUUUCUAAGAAGCUCCGCCAUAGAUAAUGCAAACAGAACUUAAACCCAGUGGUAGGUGCAAAGAACUGACAAAGGCAUUUUACUUUGAGGCAUCAUUUCUGUGUCAGAGAAUGAAAGAAACACAAUCUAUAUGUAAAUAUGGAAAGACUAUCUGUAGGCAGUGUGUUUCUGUUUUCCCCUUACACACACACAAACACAAAAGGACAUCAAAAAUUUCUGUUGAAAGUGGCUUCAUUAAACCAGAAAGAUAACUUCUUCCAAAGCCUGGGGAGGAUUGGCAACUAGCCAGGCGUUCGGAGAUCAUUAUAAUGGUUAACCAAGAGAUCAAGGGGUAAUAUCCUUUCCCCAAAUUUCCCAUUAAUACUUUAGACUUUUUCUGUGUUGGUUUAUAUAAUUCAACCCAAGGAUUUUAGUAAUUAUCUAAAAUGUCCUGGGUCCAUCAGAGCAUAGGUAGGUAGUUCCGCUUCAUAACAGUGAAUUGCAUUUCUGUAAGAGUUCAUUGCCUUCAUUAACUGGGCUCUGUUUUAAAAUUAAUCUUUUCUGUGAGACUGAUUUCAGAUUCUCUAGGAAAUUUGUGCAGUUCAACUAGACUUAAAUUAUAUUCACAGAUUUUUGCUUUUGACUCUUAAUGUACAUUGUAAGUUGUCUAUUUUUGUGAAUUUUGGAAAAUUCUCAUGAAUAAGUUAAAAGCAGAUAGCCUUGAUGAAGAUUUAAAGGCAACCAUUUUUUUUUUUUUUUUAGUGAAUUUAAAAAAGGGACACUCACAUAUACACACUGCAAGUGAUAUUCUUAAUUUAAGACCAACAAAUGAUCAAUCACACAAAUUUAGGUUAUUUUCAUUUAUAGAGCACAUGGUAGAUGCUCGAUAAAUCCUUGCCAAAUUAAAUCACAAGAAUUUUUUGGUAUGAAAUGAGCAUGGGAUUGUAAAGAUUUUGUACAUUUUUAACAUAUGGUU